AUGUACAUACACACGCACAGACACAUGUACAUACACACAGACACACACACGCAGACACAUGUACAAACACGCAGACACAUGUACAAACACGCAGACACAUGUACACGCACACAUGUACACGUACACACACCAUCCCCCCAUAAACAGUUGCAGUACUUCGUCAUCACUCACAGAGCGGGGUACUGCACUCUAGGGGGAGGCAGAGAGCACAGCACACACUCCUUGCGUUUGCUUUCAGUGCGCUCAGCUAUUGAGCAGUCUGACGUCUCCCAGUGCCAAUGACAGAUCCGGCCUGAGCUCCGAGCCUGCUCAGCAAGAUGGCCCUGGGGGACACACUCGCCCCCAUCAUAUUUUCCACUCGCCAUUGGCAAGCAGGCGAGUGGAAAUUUCAAGCCCUG